UUGAAGUCAAAGAUAACUCCAUCUUCUGCUCAGAUUGCAGGCAUAUACAAUUCGCCCUUCAGAAAAUCCCCAGAUCCCAUGGAACUGCUGCUACGGACGUCAAAGCCAUUGAGCCACAGACAGCAGCAAAUGAGGAGUCCCUUCGCCUGUGAGCUCUAUGAAUUGCCAACUUGUACAAGGUCUCCAACUUUCUCCACAACACGGCCUCUGCCACCUAUUGGCAGGCAGAAACCUCAGGGGCCUUUCCGUGAUACUGCUGAAGUAUUGCGGCAGCGCUACAAGCCUUUGGAACCAACCUUGCGAGUGGCAGCAUCAAUCAAUUCACCACUAGAGAAGGCCAGAGAGGAAAUGAAAAGGGAGGAACGGAGAAACCGUAUACAUGACAAUGAAUUCCUGCCAUUUUCUUCGUAUCAUAAAAACAAGAAGUAUGACCCAUCAGUUCAUAGGUCAGGCAAAUAUGGCCAAGAAACUUAUGGAAUUAAACACUUCCGAGAAGUACAGCCUAAGAAGUGGGUAGGAGACAAG